GUUCUUUUUUGAGAUAGUUCAAUAGUUUCUUUGUGUGAGAGUGAAAUUAAUUUAUUUAUUUAAUUUUAAAGUGUAUGUUAUGAUUAAAUUUGUUUAAUUUUGUUCUACAUGACCGGAUAAAAGAUAUUUAUUACAAUGGAUGAUUCCUCGCCAGAUUUCCAUUUCACCACGAUCGAUUAUUGUGUUUUUGGCCUGGCCCUGUUCGUUUCGGCCCUGACAGGGUUGUAUUACGGAUGUAGGAAAUCAGGGGAUGAAUCUGAUGAAAACAAUCAGCAAAACAGCAAUAAAAGAACAGAAGAGUUUCUGAAUGGAAACUCCAAUUUUAGGCCUCUGCCAGUGGCUGCCUCUCUCGUCGCCAGUUAUGUGUCUGGUGUAACGAUUUUGGGUACGCCUUCGGAGAUAUUUCGAUACGGAACCCAAUAUUGGAUAAUAGUGGUGCCAAUCGCUCUGAUGAGUCUAGUGGUGGCCAAUGUUUUUCUUCCGAUGUUCUGCAAGUUGCAAGUUCAGAGUUCCUAUGAGUAUUUAGAAAUGAGAUUUAAUCCGUUUGUGAGGACGAUAGCAUCCGUCAUGUUUGUCAUAGACGAGCUCUUGUUUCUACCAAUUGUUAUAUAUGUGCCAGCUUUAGCUUUUAAUCAAGUCACCGGUGUCGACGUCCAUGUGAUUGCUACCAUAGUUUGUGUCGUUUGCAUUUUCUAUACAGUUAUGGGUGGUUUGAAGGCGGUCGUGUGGUCAGACACAUGGCAAACACUAAUAAUGUUCGUUUCGGUUCUUUUCGUUUGCAUUUUGGGAUCAAUUCAUCUGGGAGGAUUUUCUGAAGUCUUCGCCAAAGCCGAUAAAGGCGACAGGUUACAAAUAUUCAAUUUUGAUCCUAGUCCUUAUGAGCGUCAUACGUUUUGGUCAGUAAUCAUUGGAGGAUUUUUCUACUGGACAUCUUUUAAUUCAGUCAAUCAGACUAUGGUUCAGAGAUAUAUGUCUUUACCCACCUUAAGACACUCUAAAAUAUCGGUGUACCUGUUUGCUUUCGGCAUAGCGAUCCUUAUUUCCCUGUGCUGCUACACUGGUCUUCUAGUAUUUGCAGAAUUGGGUUCUUGUGACCCUUUGGGUUCUGGUCUGGUGAAGGCUGACGAUCAGAUGUUGCCUGUUUACGUGAUGCAGGUCACCAAAAACAUUCCUGGAGCAGCUGGUCUGUUCGUAGCUGGAGUUUUUGGUGCAGCUUUGAGUUCGCUAUCGGUGAUCUUGCAUUGCACCUCCGGAGUGUUGCUUCGUGAUCUGUCGAGGGGAUGUUGUGGCCUACUGGCUCGCAAUGUGGCAUCGACUUCUACGAAUUCAUUGAGUGCCUCUCGUAGAAAACACAACGACAUGCUCGGAGUGACCGCCUUGAGGGCGUGCGCCUGUUUCUUGGGAGCGGCGGCGGUUGCCAGUGUCUAUCUGGUGGAGCAUCUUGGAGGAGUACUCAGUUUGGCCAGUACCCUGAGUUCUAUAGCAGCCGGAACCACUUUUGGUCUUUUUGCCCUGGGCGCUCUGGUGCCCUGGUCGAACCCUUGUGGUGCCAUCACAGGGUCAGUGGCAGGAGCCCUGAUGAGUGCCUGGGUUGCUUUCGGGUCAAGGGCUAAAUUGGCCGAAGGGCUUGUCAAGGAAAAGUGGCUGAGGACUUCUUUGGAUGGUUGUGACGGGUUGCUUGGUAACGGCACUGCAGAGUGGUUGAAAUUGACCAGCAAUAUGGACCAGCUACAAAUAGAUGAAUCCGAUGUGUUCUUUUUAUACCGGUUAUCGUACCAUUGGGUAAGUCCCAUAGGUAUUUUGACGGUUUUAAUUGUUGGUCUAAUCGUCAGUCUGAUUACUGGAAAGCAAGACGUUGGACGGAUGGACCCAGAACUUAUAUCUCCAGUAUUACACAGAUUUUUGCCAGAAUCUUGCAAACAGUUUGCAGGAAGAACAAGAAAAU